GGUAGGGUUAAUACUCCGUACUCCUCCGCCUCCACCUUUCAUUUCCAAUCUCGUUGUCUCUCUCUUCUGUCUCCAAUCUCCAUCUCCGCCGCCCAUUUCUUUUUUGCCGAUCAUCUCUUGAUUUACGCUUGAAAUGGCAUUAUCCCGAAUCCACAUGUUGGUCUAAUUCUGCCUAGAACAUCUCGUGUGUGAAAAAUCUGAAGAUUAAAAGAACAUGGAUUGGGGCAGUGCAAGUUUCAUUCUGGCGUGAUGUUAUGAAGUUGGGUCAGUGGCAGUUUUCAAAUGUGAACUACUUGGCUAGAUUGUUUGUUUAUAUUGAGAUGUCAAGUACUGAAAUUUAUUUUGUCCAGAAGUUAUUGUAUAUGUUUCUAUAGUGAGAUUUAAUGAGUAGCUGCCAUGUGUACCAAAGUAUUAUUAGCCAUUGGAUGUUAAUUUCUGGCGGGAAAAUUGAAACAUGAAAUUGGAAUGGAUUCUCCAUCAGCUUUUAUAUAUAUAGUAGAUAUGGAUGAAAUGUCACCAAAGUAGGACACUCUGUCUUGUCAAUGCUCUAAAGACAUUGUGAAUUACGUCUAUGAGUGUGAUACUAAACAGUCUGUAAAACAUCGAGGAAGGGUUCUUCAGCAGCUACCCCAAAUCCUUCACCAUUGCUGAAACCACGAGCUAGCAUAUUACACUGCUUUUGAGUGGACUCAAGAUGAUAUCUGAAUAUGAAAGUUAUCGAAAGACUAUGCAGAACCAUCAAGGGGACUUUGGAAGGGUGAAGAUAAGUUUCUUUGAGGAAACCUUGGGACAAGAGAUGAGUCUAUCCAGUCCCUCUGUGAACCAACCAGGAUUCAAAGGGAGAUCCCAACACUUAAAAAUCCAUCGUGGCUUCUUGUUAAUUGAGCUUUUCUUUAUACUCUACAUCUGGACCAACGUCCUCGUUGGUCACGACCACGUUGGUCACGGCUGGCUUUCUCCAGGCCACCACUCCGUGGGCCACCACUCCGAGGUUGGCUCUGAUACCACUGUUACAGGCCAAACGGAAGAAUUCAACCCAAAAGACUAGUCUGAUAGGUGAGGGAACCCAUUUGGUCUAUAAACCCCACAUCAAUUGCCCAUACAACCGAUGUGGGACAAGUCCCAUA